AUGAACCGCAGCACAAUUCAAGCCAAGGCAAAGCCACUCCCCAAAGGUGUCUACACUCCUGUCGUCACACUAUACAAAGCAGACGACGGAAGCCAACAGGUUGAUCUCAAGGGCAUGUAUGCACAGUGCCAAGCUUUGAUAAAGGCUGGCAUGCAUGGCCUCGUCUACCUGGGUACUAAUGGCGAGCUGGUUCUACUAUCCCGAGAAGAGCGUCAGGCCAUAAUCAAGACGGCCGCUCAAGCUGCAGCUGAAGCAGCCGGGGUAGAUUACCCGAUCGUGGCAGGCAUAUCGGCACAGUCCACCCAGGAGUCGAUCCAGAACGCCAAGGACGCCGCUGAGGCUGGUGCGGGCUUUGGUCUGCUCUUACCGCCAAGCUACUGGCCCAAAGCACUCCCAAGUCAAGCUAUUAUCUCCUACUUCAAAGAGGUGGCGGCUGCAUCACCGAUCCCUAUUGUUAUCUACAACUUCCCCGCUGUCACCUCUGGUAUUGACCUUGACUCUGACCAAUUGGCAACUUUGGCUGAGGACCCCAAUAUCGUGGCAGUCAAACUUACGUGUGGAAACGUAGGCAAGGUAGCCAGGUUAACAGCACUGUUCUCACACGAGCAGUUCGGAGUCUACGGUGGAAGCAGCGACUACCUCCUGCCCACACUCUACGGCGGUGGCAGCGGUUGUGUGACAGGGAUGGGCAAUAUCUUUCCUGCCAGCACAUCCGGAGUUUAUGACUUGUGGACCGAGGGCAAACUCGACGAGGCAAACAAGCUUCAGGGUCUGGUGGCUCAUGCAGAGUGGGCCUGUAAGAAGGGAAUUAGCAAUACCAAAUACGGGGCGUGGCACUUCUUUGGUCGUGCUAUUGGUCUGGAUAGUGAGAGCUCGUGGCAUAUGAGACGGCCAUAUCAGUCUCUUGAUGACAAGGGGAAAGAGUGGACGAUUAAGACUCUUGGUAUACUGGCUGAUACUGAGCAACAAAGGACAAGCCAAAGGUCUUGA